AUGAAUCAAGAAAGAGAGGAAAAGACCGAUGAAAUUUUGGAGGAAAAUAAUGGUGGGAUCGGGUCGGCCUUCUCAUCCUUGCCGGAGGGUUGCAUAUCAAAUAUCAUAUCUUUGACAACUCCAAAAGAUGCAUGCAGAGCAUCAACGGUUUCAAGGGUUUUCAAGUCUGCAUCAGAAUCUGAUACUGUAUGGGAAAGAUUUCUGCCUUAUGACUACAAGCAGAUUAUAUCCAAGCCAGUUGGUCCUCCUUUGAGCUAUGCAACUAAAAAGGAUUUGUUUUUUAAUCUCUGUCACUCCCCAAUGAUUAUCAAUGAUGCAAACUGUUUUUGGCUAAGUAAAUCAAGCGGAAAAAAGUGCUACAUGAUUUGUGCAAGGGAGCUUGAAAUUGCAUGGAAAGAUGAUCCGAGGUUCUGGAGAUGGAAAUCCAUACCGGAAUCAAGACUUGCAGAGUAUUCUUAUGGUCUUGAUGUGGUUGCAAAGGCAUAUGUUCGAUUUUCUGAAGAUAUUAAAAGUUCUCUUGACCGUGAUGACCCUCAGGAUUGUUAUGUCUACUUAACACAAGCUUCUCAGAGACGUCGUGACCGGCAAUGGAGCACGAGGCAAAUGUAUAACAAGCCUGGUAGGGAUCCACAACCUAGAGCGGAUGGAUGGAUGGAAAUUCUUCUCGGAGAGUUUUUCAAUGACAAAGGCGAAGGUGAUGUCGAGAUGAAACUUUUAGAAACCGAGAUCCUUACAAGUAAAUUGGGGCUGAUUGUGGAAGGCAUUGAGCUCAGGUCUAAGGAAGAAUGA